CCAUCGUCCAUAUUGAACCAAAAUAACAUCAAAUCGGAACUGUGAGAGUGUUAAAUUUCUUAUGUUUACUAUUUCUUAAUCAUUUACCUACGGCAUUGAUUAUGAAAAAGUUUAUAAGACAGGAUUGAAGGCUUAACUCUAUCUGACAAUGUACCCACAUUCUGGGCCUCAGGCCAGCCAUCCUAAAAGGCGGAAGAAGAGACCAAUUCACGGCAUAAAGACAGUGGAUGUCACUCGCGGGAAGUCAGGGUAUGGAUUCACCAUCUCCGGACAACAUCCCUGUGUGUUAAGUGUGAUUGUUCCAGGAAGUCCCGCUGAUGUGGCAGGACUGAAGACUGGAGAUUACGUAGUGUCUGUGAAUAAUCAGAACGUUACUAAGUACCCGCAUGAUGACGUGGUAAGGAUGGUGGGGAUGUCCACCGGAACCCUCACCCUCCAAGUGGCGGAAAACUACAACAGUUCUGAGUCAUCGGACGACGAGUAUCACCACAGGAACAAAGCCAGGUAUCCUAACAGAGUCCGCCCACGCCACGCGUCCAAUCGUCAUGGAGAGAAAGUUCUGGCAGAGUGUAAUCAAAAGGACAAGCAUACGCACAAUGAAUACAAACACAAGGACCCUCAUUGGUCAAAAAGUGACUUGAAAUUUCAAUCAGGCCAAUCACGGAUGAGAUUACAUGAGCCAGUCGGAGCUGAAAAUGUUUAUUCCAGUUCAUCAAGUUCUAGUCUUAGCACACCAAAAUAUUCAGGUUCUGUUGAAAAGCAUGGAUUCAAGACCCAUGAUCCUCUUUCUUUACAGCUGCCCAGAACUAAGCAAGCAGUAGUGAAAAGCACCUCCCAGAGUGCUAAAUCUUCUCACCAUAAGAGCAGUCAACAUAACAAACACAUGAAAUCUCAGUCAAGUGGUGCUCUGCAUGGCUCAUUCAUAGCACCAGGGAUCUCAUCCUUCCUCAAAACCUCAGCUCAUCAAGCCAACUCUGCGAACAAUGCAUUUAUUGCAAUGGACGAUGAUGAGGAUGAUGGUGAUGAUGAGGAAAGUUUGCUGAAUUGUAGCUUCCAUGACAUGAGGGUGGUGGUCGGGUACGUUGGUUCCUUGGAGAUGCCCAGGGAUGCCAACAAACCACACAUCCGCCUGCAGACUAUUCGAAAUGCUGUCAGGAGGUUGAGGGUGGAACAAAAGAUCCAUACCCUGGUUUUGAUGGAAGUCUCGCAGGAAGGGGUCAAGCUGACUAAUGCCAUGGGAACCACUGUGGCCCAUUACCCUGUAGACAGAUUGUCCUUCAGUGGGGUCUCCCCUGAUGAUAAAAGGUUCUUUGGAAUCGUGACUCUUCAUAGUGUGAACGAUGAUGAGAUGAGUGAUGAGGAAACAGCUAGUCAAGAAGAUGAACCCGCAUCUAGUGGGUCAUGUCAUGUGUUCAUGGUGAACCCCGAGAUGAAAUCUCACAACAUUCAUGCUGAAAAAGCCAAGACUUUUGGAAUCACCUGCACCUCUGCUCCGGACCGCCAUCACCAGGAGAGGAGCCAUUGCUCAGAGUUUCCAAGAUCUGCCACACCUAUUAUUGUCUCUAUUACCAAUCUUUACAAGGACCGCCCAGGUGGCACCUCCAAUGAUAAUGAAGUGGCGUUAUCACAGGCCUUUGCAGAUCCUUCGAGGGCACCAAGAAGGAGUGCCAGCAACAGCAGCAAUAGUGAUAGUGGUCUUGGUUUCGGCAAGGACGACCCUGGUCAUGUAUAUGGAGCAGAGGCAGCAGCUGCCCCUCCCAGACCCCCAGAUAACCCAGCACCCACCCCUCCCCAGCCAGCAUGGCAGAAUCAGAGCUACCCCCUGAAAGAGGGGCCAGUCCAACAUUGUUCUCCAGGGGUGCAGACCAUGCCAACACCACUGCGUGACUCUCAACUGAUGCCAGCUCCCUCUAGUGUGUUCAGAAGAUUGAAUAGAUCUAACAGUAGUGAUGAUUGCUCCACUUUAAACAAGAGAAAGGAUAAAUUCAACAUCAGAGCCAUGCCAGAUCCAUUGAACACCUCAAGAUCUUAUUCUGGUCACUUGAAUCGAGGAAACAACUCUCAUCAUACCAAUGACAGUGAUCAUGAAUCCAACACUUCCAGAGACAGUGAAAUGUUUCGAUCUUUCUCCCAUUCAGAUCUACAGAGACCAGUGUCUGUUCCACCAAGAACAUCAGAAGAUAGUUUCACAACCCCAUUCAACAGCAGCAAAGUUGAGAAAGUCGAACUGAAUGACAAGAAACUGAGCCCCAGAGCUCAUCUUCCACCUUUCCACCUUCUGCGCUCUCCAUCAGCUCCACCUGUAGUGAACCAUCAUCCAGAGUCUGAUGCGGAUGACUUCGAUUUUCCUCAUAAUACCAGUGGAAUGGGAGGAUUGAUCGAGAGGUUUGAACAGGACCAUGCCCUGCGGAUAUCCUCUCCAGCUGAUGUGACCAGACGCUACUCUGAGGGAUACUCUCUGCUUGCAAAGAGAGAUAAAGACAGAACUCCAGAAGAUGGAGACAAAUGGCUAAAGCCAAACACAGUGCGACAUCGACGAGCAUCUCGGCUUCAGGCGCCCCUCAGUCACUCUCACGAGUCACUGAUCGCCUUGGAACAUGAUCACCAAGGUCAGCGAAUGUCGCUGGCAGGAAGCGUCAACAACAUCAACGCUCGGAACAGCGACGACGAUGAUGAAGACCAGAAGGAAGAAGAAAUCGGCAGGGUCGCAGGCUGGGCCGUAAAUUUUGAGAAACUGCUGAAGGACGGAUCGGGCCUAGUUGUGUUCACUGAGUUUUUAAAGAAAGAAUUCAGUCAGGAGAACAUUAUUUUCUGGAAGGCCGUUGAACAGUACAAGAAGAUAAUAGAAGCUGACAAACGCAAAGCUAAAGCCAAAGAAAUAUUUAUGAAGCAUGUGUCUGUUAAAGCGACAGAUCCAAUUAACAUUGAACAGAAUGCAAGGCAGCAAGUGGAGAAACAACUGGACAGCCCAAGCAUCAGUACUUUUGAAAGGCCACAGCAAGAGAUUUUUAAGCUGAUGAAACAAGACAGCUACCCACGAUUCAUCAAAUCAGAGCUGUACAAGGUGUACCUGAUGAGGGAGAUGGAGGGCAAGCCCUUACAGCUGCCCAAGUCAGAGGAGGAAGAGCAGACGGGCAAAGGAAAGAAAGACAAGAAGAAGUCGAAAGACAGGGAGGCAGAGGAGAAAGACAAGGAGAAGAGGCGCAGGUCACUGCUGCCCCUCCCCUGGAACAAAAAAACCAGUAAACAGAACCUCAAAGUAUCGUCAGAAACAGACCUGAAAAAACAGAGCAAGGAAAAGGAGAAGAUGUCAGUGUCCUCCUCUUCCAUUACAAAGGAAGUGAACAACAACACCACGUCACAGCGAAAGCCUGCUUCAGGUCCAGGUAUCGACCUGAGCACCAUGAGGAAAGAAGUCCAGGCUAACACCAAAGAGACAAAAGAUAAGGAUGGGACAGAGGAGAAAAACAUGAAGUUUUGUCGGGUCAUCCUCCCUGAUGGUUCCACCACAGUAGUCUGCACGAAACCGGGACAGAAUAUCCGCACUGUGCUCGGGCGACUCUGUGAGAAAAGAGGUCUCUCCAUAGCAGCAGUGGACGUCUUCUUACUUGGUUCAGACAAGCCUCUUGAUAUGGGGGAAGACAUUUCAUCUUUGGGGUCAAAAGAGGUGAUGAUAGAGAGGCGCGUCCUGUUUAGGAUGGAUCUACCUCACAGGAAGUCAAUAGGAGUGAAAGCCAAGCCUAAUCGUACAGUCCGCGAUGUGUUCAAACCAAUCCUCAAUAAAUAUGGCUUUAAACUGGAUAACAUUACUGUGCAAUUGUCGGGACAAACGGGGUACGUGGACAUUGACGAGCAGGUGUCCACCAUAGAUAAUCAGCGGGUUGUGAUCUCCACCAUUGAAAACUCUGGAUCUCAAGCUAGUACUAGUGAGGGCUCCACAUCUAGUCUCUCGCCAAUGGCCGUAAAAUAUCCCCCCGAUUUCCACAUCAACUCUCAGAGCAGCUCUAUCUCGCUCGAUGCAAUCACCAAUCGUAUCUUUGAGGAUUUAAUGAAAGGAAAAUCCAAGAUGGCUCAUAAUUUUGACGAACUUGGAAUUUUAGAUUUGGAAUCUCGGGAGAAGGAAGCCUUGAAAGGAACAGCAGAAGAUCGUCCAUCUUUGGGUUUGUUUGGUCUGCUGAGAAAAGACUCAGCGUACGGAAAACAGGUGUCGGAGCAAGCAAAGUCGAAGACCAAGCUCAAAGUUACAUUUAACCUACAGAAGAAUCAAACACGCAAGGCCUCAAAGGACCAAGAUGAAGAGAAAUUUCUGGAGCUGUUAUCUCGUGCUCAGAGUAGCCGCAUGGACGAUCAACGGGGACUAGGAACCUCAACAUCGGAGAUUCCAGAGUUUUUACGGAGCAAAAUGGAAUACCCAUCUGGACGAGAAAGUGCUCCUCCAAUUUUAAAACAGGACUCUUCAAAACGAGAAGGAGUGAUAGGAACACCUGAAAAUUAUGUGCAAAACGAUAACAAGUAUUUUGCUUCGUAUACUAGAGGUCAGGUAGCAACAAGGCCAUCAUCAGUUCCAGCAGAUUCUUUUCUGGAUCAUUCUUCAUCACGGGGAUUUGAUUCUGUCGAUGAAAGUCAGAUAUCUCACGAGGAUCAGAGCUUCAGUGCCGAUGGUGUUAUUCCUUCGUCUAGUGAAGCGGAAGUGUACUUCCAGACUACUGAUCCAGACAGUGCCGACUUUGACGAUCCUCGGCUUGCGGAGAAAGGAUUACGCGACCUUGGUUUUGACUACAGUUACAAUAUGUAUCAGGCCAAGGCCUGGGGCUACUCCCGUCAUCGACCGACAGGGCUUUCCUCUCCUAGACAUCAAAGCAAGGGUACUCCAAAUAAACCUCCAAUGGCCACAGUUGACAGGUUUUCCUUUGAUGAGACUUCCAUGAUGGACAGUAGUAAAGACAUGGACAAAACGUUAGUGGGAUCUCCCUUGGAAGGGAGACCUGCUUCCCUCCCUCCAGCUCUGGACCGGAACUCACCAAGGACGUCUUUUUCGCCAGUCAUGUCUUCGCGUCCAUUUGGAAUUUACAUGAGGAACUCUGUGGGUGAAAAUUCUGUUAGUCAUUCAACUCCAAAGACAGACCCCGCUACCUCCCGUUAUUCUAAUCACAAGUCAGCGUUCCGUGCCCCCGGGGGGACGGUGGAGUCACCAGUAGCAGCAGACAUGUCAGGUGAUCUCAACGAGUCUCAGAAAGCUAUGAUUAUAGACAUGGGAAGUUCGGAUGAAAAUGUCACUUUUGUGUAGAUGCUCUCAAUGAGAUUUAUUGCUUUUCAUUUCAGGUACUUACUUUUCUGAGUUAGUGCUACUUAUUUUUCAAUGUGCUGUUACUUAUGAAGUACUUUUUUACUGAUUUAUUUUUAAACAAUUUAACAGAGUAAAAAAUGUUAAUAUGAAUUUUAAGUGAAAUUUCUCUGUAUCUGAGAAACUUACCAUGUGUGAAAUUUGUGAUGAAAAAGAAGACAGGUUUAAAUAUCUGGAUGUAUAAAUGAAACAAGUCUGUGAAAGGUUUUAGACAACUGCCAUUUGUGUGUAUGUGUAUUAUGGUGCUACACUGUCAUUUUGUAACUACAUGUAUAUUUGUGUAAGUGUGUGUACAUAUUGGAGUCUGGCAGAGUCUGUACAUGUUUUGUGUUUUGUCUUCUUUUAAUAACUAACAGCAAAAAGACACAAAUAUUCAUUUAUAAAUGAAAAAAAAACUUUCAAAGUAUUAAAAUAUACUUUACUAAUAAAAUGUGUUGUUUUAA